CGCUCAGCGGAGCAUCCCGAGUCUCGAGCGACGAGCAGGACGCGCAAAUGAUGAUUUCUGGCGUUUUCUUCCGCGACAGGUGAUGGUUGCACCGAAGAGGAAUCGUUCGUUAUGGCCCGAGUCGUGGAAUAUUUCCUGAGGGUGUUCUUUAAGUGAGGAAUGUCCGCUGGUGUUUCUUCCAUCGGGAUUCACGCGCACAGUGCAGGAAGAUGAAGAAGCAAUUCAACCGAAUGCGACAACUGGCCAACCAGACCGUGGGCAGGGCAGAGAAGACAGAAGUGCUGAGUGAAGAUCUGCAGCAGGUGGAGAAGCGUCUGGAGCUGGUUAAGCAGGUGUCUCACAGCACUCAUAAGAAGUUGACGGCAUGUCUGCAGGGUCAGCAGGGUGUGGACGUGGACAAGCGGUCCGUCCGCUCGCCUUCAAAGAAGCUUCCUCUGACGUCUCUGGCUCAGUGUCUGGUGGAAGGAGCUGUGAUUCUGGGUGACGAUUCUCUGCUGGGGACGAUGCUGAAGAUCUGUGGAGAGACGCAGGACAGACUCGCUCAAGAACUUCUGCUGUUUGAGCUCCAGAUCGAGCAAGACGUCGUUGAGCCACUCUACACUCUCGCUGAGGUUGAAAUUCCCAACAUUCAGAAGCAAAGAAAACAUUUAGCCAAACUGGUACUGGACAUGGAUUCUGCUCGCACACGUAAAGCGCGUGUGGUUUGUGUUUCAGAGUCGUGGGUGGAGAAGCCGUGUUACGGGAAACCGUUAGAGGAGCAUCUGACUCUGAGCGGCAGAGAAAUCGCUUUCCCCAUCGAAGCGUGUGUGACCGUGCUGCUGGACUGCGGCCUACAGGAGGAGGGUUUGUUUCGAGUCGCUCCGUCUGCCUCGAAGCUGAAGAAGCUGAAGGCGUCUCUGGACUGCGGCGUGCUGGACUUUCAGGAGUAUUCUGCGGAUCCUCACGCCAUCGCAGGUGCUCUGAAAUCAUACCUGCGUGAGCUGCCCGAACCCCUGCUGACCUUUGACCUGUAUGACGACUGGAUUCAGGCAUCGAAUAGUGCGGAUCAGGACAAGCGUCUGCAGGCGUUGUUAUCGACCUGUGAGAAACUUCCUACAGCGAACAGCAACAACUUCAAGUAUUUGAUCAAAUUUCUUGCCAAGCUGAACGAGUAUCAGGAUUACAAUAAAAUGAGUCCAGGAAACAUUGCGAUUGUUCUGGGGCCAAACCUGCUGUGGACGCAUACGGAGGGGAACAGCACAGAGAUGAUGACCACAGUCUCGCUGCAGAUCGUGGGGAUCAUUGAGCCCAUUAUCCAGCAUGCUGAUUGGUUCUUCCCAGAAGAGAUCGAGUUUAACGUGACGGGAAGCUACGGCAGCCCUGUUCAUAACGACCACAACGCCAGCUACAGCUCCAUGCCGUCGCCAGACUUGGACCAAUCAGAUCGCAGGCAGCCGGACCAAAGCCGACGCCCACUCAGCGUCGCCACCGACAACAUGAUGCUGGAGUUCUACAAGAAAGACGGCAUUAGGAAAAUUCAGAGUAUGGGAGUGCGAGUGAUGGACACCUCCUGGGUUUCUCGGAGAGGCUCCUCCUCUUCGUCUCAUAAGAGCUCCUUGACUCCGCCCAGCUUUCAGCCGCCCUCUGAUUCGCUGAGCCCUGAGCAGACGGCCGAUGUCUCCGCCUCCCCCUCACAGACUCCGCCCCCCAUCAGCGGCGAUAGGACCAGCUUCGACGAGGCAUCAUCCAAUCGCUCGGACUCCUGUCUCGUCUGUCGCUCCCCGCCCCCUCCGUACCCUGUCUCCUCUUCCUCCUCCUCCUCCUCGCUCCCGCACCCUCGAGUGCGUCUCGAAAGCGUUCCUCCCUCGGCGUUCAGUCCUCCUCCACUCCUCCUGUCCUCCACCUCUCUAGACAUCAUCUCCAACCCUAAACCCAGCGUCCCCCUGUCCUCCGAGCUCCUCCCCACCGCUCCGCCGGGGGCCGCCUGCAGCCGAGAGAGAGGACUCAGAGCGCCUAGCACCCAGAAGAAUAAGGAGUCCUCGCCUGUGAUUGGUCAAAGACGCAUUGGACAGAACCAGCUGUCAGACCUGAGUCCUCACACGCUGCACAAAGUUUCCAAGAAGCUGGCCCCCAUCCCUCCCAAGGGUCCGUACUCUCCGUUGGGCUGCGUGUCAGAUCUGUCUCCGGGUCCAUCUCCGGUCAGUCUGUCCCCGACACCCCCCAGCACCCCGUCCUCAUACAGCUUCAGUUACCCGCAGAGCGGCUCCGUCCUCACCUCGCCCGGACACAACCACAGCCAGACGCUCUCCGGGACCCUGCCCAAAUCACGGCCCAAACCGCCCCGCCAGAGACCCAGCCUGCCCCCCCCGCAGCCCCCGCCGCUGGACGCUCUGUCCGCCGGGGAGAGCAUGUCUACAGGGCAUGACGCUUACCUUUUUCCCAAGGAGCUCCUAAGUUGA